AUUUUCGGACAAAAAACCCAGCAUACGAUCGGAGGACUGCUCACUCUCGACUUUCACUCUUUUUUUUUGCCCUAUGCAUAUCGCCAAAUGAGAAUUUCAACUUUCCCCAUUUCCUCAGUCCAACUACUGUCUUCUUCAACCUUCAGCUCGUAGAUAGAAGCUGAGAGAUCAGCUUCGAUCCCGAUCUGCCCGACUGGCCGUCUCUUAAUUCAGUUCGUAACCCAUUUUGAGCGGAUUUCCUCUAUGUCGGACCACUUCAUAGCUCCUUGGGACUUGCAGGAAGAGCCCGUCGACGAGGGCUACGGUCCUCGGUCUCCAAUCCACGAUCAGCAGAACGAUCAGCUUGUAGGGAAUGGAAUCCCCAAUGGUGGUAAUCCGUUUGCUCACAAUGGUGCAGCUCAAGAAGACAAGAAAUCCCUGCUAAAUGACGUUAUUAGCAGCGUUGUUAAUGAGUUAAAUAGCAGUGAUAUUUUGAACGAAGGGGAGCAUCUUGAGACUGAUCAGCCUAAUGGGGCUGUCCAGCAGGGUUCUAGUGGUGAAGGUCUGCCAUAUGCUCCUGUUAACUGGCCGAACCCGGGUGACAACUGGACCUGGAAGGUAGGGAAGAGGAUUAACACUGCUGGGUUUUUCCAGGAUAGGUUUCUGUAUCCUCCAAAACAUUUCCCCAAAGUGACAGGGGCGAGACCUCCAUUUGCGAGCCCAAAUGCUGUGACCUCUUACAUCCGGACGGUGUUUCCAGAUGCUAAUGCUGAUGCAUUUUUCUCGUCCUUCUCUUGGAAGGUCCCUGGGAAGGCGGCGUCUCCUCUGAAAGCGGAACCCAUCUCCACCUCUUUCCCAAAGCCUUCUCACGGUGAUGGCUCAAAAGAGGAAGUGCAAGUGCAAGGAGAAGGCUCUCGGUUGAGGAAAAGGAAGCCUAAAGCACCAACUCCACCACCUCCAUCCCCACCUCCGCCCAAGCAGAAACGACAGCGCAGUGCUUCUAAAUCAUCUGCAACGAACCCGAAAAAAACAAAAGACAAAACAGCAGCUCCCUCAUCAUCUGCAGCCAAGCGAAGAAGUAGGCAUGCUGCUGGUAAACAAACUGUCCCUGUCCCUUUUGCCGACGAUGGAAAUAAUACCCAGGCAGAGGAGUUUAACAUUACAAUCCCAGAAGACUUCGACAACUACCUCAACUCUCUAGAAGACAUCAUCGCCCAGCCAUUUUCUGACAGCAUAGUUGCUGGUCAGUCAACAACAAUGGCUAGUGAUUCUCCUCCGGUGGACGAUGAUGAGAUAGCUGAAGCUCGUCACAGGCUUUCUUCCUUGCUGGUUAUGGACUUCCCUACACUAGUUUCCUCCAAGAACUUCACUGAACUCCUGGCUUUGGCUUCAAAACUACGGAACGAUCCUCGCCUGACUGCCGAACAGCUUGUCAAGCUGAAGUUGAUUGAGGAAAUGUCGUCUUUCAGGGAGGUUUUCCACGAGAGUAGGGAUAUCAUUGUCCAAAUCGACAGGCAUUACGGAACCCUGGAGGCGAACAAGGCCAAAGUCGCUUCUCUCAAGAGCGAGUACAGCGAGCUGAAGGACAAAACAGACCAGCUUCAGGCACAGAUAGACGGUAACUUGUCGACGGUGCAAGACAUCGACAAUGAGAUUGCUAGGCUCCAAGUUCGUCGAGCAGAGUUGAUCGGUGCAGUGGAAUCAAACAAAGCGGCUAAGGUGGAGGUGAGCUACGCACAGAAGAUGGUGGCGAAUGCGAUUCCGAAUGUUGUGCACGAGAUUCAAAUCUCCAACUCCAAGAUCCCCGAGUGGGAUCUGAAGAGGAGUAAUGCAGUGAAGCGGGAGGCCGAAAUCCUUGCAAAGUUUGCACCUUUGCAAGGGUUCUCCCUCAUCCCGCCCCUGUUCCAGGGACUGUUUCUGUAAGUUAAGUUGAGGGUCUUGUCUGUGAUUCAAAGCGGCAGUGAUUAUGCAAUGUGCUUUCCGGCCGGUGACUUCGCCAAUUGUAGUAGUGAGAAAGACUUCCCCUCUUCAUGUUAGCUUUGUGUGAUUGUUCUGAUUUAUCUAGCGCAGGAGACAGAACAUUGUACUAUUUCCUUGUCAUAUUUAAGUCCAUGCGUGCUUUAGAAAUGCACUAUUUUGUAUUCUCUG